GCUGGAGGCUGCGGCUGGGAGCCGGGCGCAGUCCGCUCACUCGCUCGCUCGGCGCUCCGUGCCGCCGCCGCUGCUGCUUCUUUCUUCCGCCCGCCCUUUCGCCGCGCGAUCGCCACUCCGCCGCUUGCAAGCAGCCCAGCGCCCACCGGCUCUUGCGCACGGAGCCAGUGAAAAGUUGCGCGGAGAGCGGGUCGCGCAAGACCUCCGGACUUACAAACGCCAGCCAGCGGCAGCCUUUCUUCCCCCGCCCUCCGCUCUGCAGCCGCAGCCGCCUGUGCCGGGCGGGCGCCUUCCGUUCCCUUCUCCCAUUCCUUUGCCAGCGGGUUUCUGGCAAGCGGGCCGGGCGCGGGAGCGUGGCAGUGGCCUCUUUUGCAGCGCAGGCGGCGAGCAGGAGCGGCACCGCGCCCGCCCCGAGGGGUGUCGCUGGCUCGCUCGCUCCUCGGCCGGGCUGCGGCGAAGAGCAAGUUUCUGCGGGCUGGCCGGCGGCGAGGCGCUCUGGACCCUGGAGUGAGGCGGCGAGCCAGCGCGCCAGCCCCCCUCCGAGCCCCCCUCCGCCCGCCCCGCCGCGAUGGCCGGCGAGCUGAGCAUCGGCCCCGAGCUGCCCACCAGCCCCUUGGCCAUGGAGUACGUCAAUGACUUCGACCUGAUGAAGUUCGACGUGAAGAAGGAGCCGCUGGGCAGAGCCGAGCGCCCGGUCCGCCACUGCACGCGCCUCCAGCCGGCCGGGUCGGUCUCCUCCACGCCCAUCAGCACCCCCUGCAGCUCGGUGCCCUCCUCGCCCAGCUUCAGCCCCACCGAGCAGAAGACUCACCUGGAGGACCUCUACUGGAUGGCCAACAGCUACCAGCAGAUGAAUCCGGAGACCCUCAACCUCACCCCCGAGGACGCGGUGGAAGCCCUCAUCGGGUCCCACCAAGUGCCCCAGCCGCUCCAGAGCUUCGAGAGCUUCCGGGCGGCCGCUCACCACCACCACCAUCAGCACCACCACCAUCAGCACCAGCACCACCACCACCAGUAUGGGGGGGGGACCCACGAAGACCUGGCCGGCCCGGGGCACCCGCACCAUCACCACCACCCACACCACCACCAGGCGUCUCCCACCCCGUCGACCGCCUCCAGCUCCUCCCAGCAGCUCCCCAACACGCACCAGCCGCACCCCUCGUCCUCCUCCUCCUCCUCCUCUUCCAGCAGCGUGGAGGACAGGUUCUCGGACGACCAGCUGGUCUCCAUGUCCGUGCGAGAGCUCAACCGGCACCUGAGGGGCUUCACCAAAGACGAGGUGAUCCGUCUCAAGCAGAAGAGGAGGACCUUGAAGAACAGAGGCUAUGCCCAGUCUUGCAGGUACAAGCGGGUCCAGCAGAAGCAUCACCUGGAGAACGAGAAGACCCAGCUUAUCCAGCAGGUGGAACAGCUCAAGCAAGAGGUCUCCCGGCUGGCCAGAGAAAGAGACGCCUACAAGCUCAAGUGCGAGAAACUGGCCAGCAACGGCUUCAGAGAGGCCGGCUCCACCAGUGACAACCCGUCUUCUCCCGAGUUCUUCAUAACUUUAUCCUGGACUUUGCAAAACAAAGGGAUGGGCCCCGGACAAGCCAUCUAGAAUAUCUGCUUUGGAGUUUUGUUUUGUUUUUAAAAAGGAAGAAAAAAAUAAUAAAGAGGGCGAAUGCACAAAAGUGAGACCCGGACAAAUGCAGAGAGAGGACGAUAAAUGCAAGCUUCGUGUGUGUUGCCUGCCUUGAGAGAGUUUGACAGAAUUCAGAUGGGACGUUUCUUGCAAGAGAGGAAAGGGCGAGAACCAAGACCUCUCCUCGGUUUUAUUGCCUGCUUGAUUAUAUAGGAGAAAAAAAAGUUACAAAAAAUCUGCAUUAAAAAUAUUAAUCCUGCAUGCUGGACAUGUAUGGUAACUUCUAUUUUGUACCAUUUUUUUUUCUUGUUUAACUUUUCGCAUGUCGUUGAUCAUCGACCAUAGCUCCCUCCUCCCGUUGUUACUGUGUUUUGUUUUUUCAUUGAGUAAGACUAUGUCAGGAGUUUAUCUCUCUAUAUAAAAGCCCUCUUUCUACUGCUCGUGCAAUUGUUUGUUCCUAUUCUCUUUCUUUUUUUAAAAUGAAAAAGUCUGGGCCCAAUCCACCGGGAAGGUCUCCCAGUGCCAUUAAUGGGGGCUGCUGCGCAAACAGCACCCUUGGGUGGAUUGGGCCCCGGGUUAAGCUUGUAAAUAUCGGCCAUUUCCACCCGCACAGCGGAGGGAAAAAUAAAAGGAAAAAAACCCAACAGGAGAACAUUUCAGCAGGCUGGUUAUCGCUGGUUACGGUCGUUCCUUAGGCCAAAACAAUGACUUACGCAUAAAUAAGGUUUCUGGGCAUUUUUGCAUUCAGAAAACAACUUUGUAUAUUUGGGGCACUUUUUCAAGUUGUAACUCUUUUUUUUUUUUAACCUUUAGUUUUCAUUUUGGUUUUUGUUGGUUGGGGCACAGAAUGUCAAACCUAACCUCGACGCCCCCCCCCCUAACUUUGGAAGUCAAAUCUGCCGCCAUCGGUGGCAUAAACUCCAUUGGGCUGCAUUAGACUUAAAUGUCCGAGGAGGCAGGAAUGUAUAUAUAACGAGGCAGUAAGUUAGUGGAAGGGGCGGUGGGCCACCUCCAUGUAUGGGCGGCGGCCCAUUACUCUCUACCCGUCUUUUGUCCUGGGCACCUGAUUUCCUCGUCCGCCCAGGAACAGGGACAAGAGCUUCGAGGGCCCUGUUCCCGCCCCCGCCCCCCGUCCACCCAGCAACAAUUGGCCGCUUCAUUUCUUCGAGCCGAAAGAUCGCAGAGGCCGCGUCCUUAGCAGCUCACGUGCUUGAGUUGUGAUUGGAGUUCAGUUGAUCGGUGCAAAAAUCUGAAUGAAUUCUGGAUGCACGGGGGGGGCCGGGGGGUGAGGGGAGAAGGAACCGGCUCCUUUUAAAACAUGCCUGUUUGGAGGGGGGUAUAUUCCCCCCUUUCGCGUGUAUUCUUUUGCCAACUUCAAUCAGCCAGUGAGAGUUUAGCCAAAUUUUCUUCCCAACUUGGUAAAGUAAUAAUAUUUUGGAGUCUUAUGUUUUUGGUUUUUUUCUUUUCUUUUUUGGGUUUAUUUUUUUUCCUCCUGCAGGUCAGUAAAAGGAUUUUAUGUUGCACUGACAAAAAAAAUACCAAAAUGAAAACUUUUUUUUUUAAUGUUUUAGUUUCCUUUUAGGGAUUUGCUGGCACUGCUGGCCGGAUGCAUUUUAAGUUUGUAUUAGUUUAUAAAUUAACAGUAAUACCAAGAAUCGUCAUAAAUGAAGAGCAUGGUGCUUGCCGUUUUAAAUAUUGUGGGUAUUUAGUCAUGCAUCAGGAAAAAAAAGACCCCCCUCAAGCUUUAUGGGUUUUUACGGAUUCAACUGUGUUGAAGUCGCAAGGUUACAGCUGCAGAAAAAAACAAAAAUUCUUUUUAUUUCAUGUAAAAGUUCUGAAGGGAUCAAUUUCAAAUCCUGCUUAUGAUAUGAAAAAAAUAUUAAAAGAAAACCUCUUGGUCUUAUUGUAGUUUUAUUCAGACUGGUUUCUGUUUGUUUGU